AUGAACACUUAUAAUUCUUUACCAAAUUUUACUCCAGAUUUGGAUAACUCGUAUGAGAUUGUUAAUCCCGUUGAAAAUAAAAUAAUUCAAAAAAGUUUUAUUGACGAGGAAGAUGAAGAUGAUAAUUUAUCGUCAGAUGAUGAUUUGUCUACUACCUCAUCUGAAUCAAGCGAUUACUCUGGAAAAUUAAUAGAGGGUAAUAAAGCUGAUACCCCUUCUCAGAGGAUAGCCAAAGUUCGUGACUUUAAACGAAAAAACAUUUCAUCACUUACUUCAUUCCGUGUUAUAUAUAUGGGAGAAGAUGUACCAAAUACUUGUAAACAUGGUGUAUUCUCUAAAUUAUGUGAAAGUCUUG